AUGGAGGGCAGGGCUUGGGAAGGAGAGGCAGGCAGGGUCCUGAGAUCCUGGCCCUAGGUUUGAUUGGAAGGGUCCAUCCAGUAAGUACCAGGGCUGGCCAGGGUGGGCCUCUUGGGAGUAGGAGGCCCCUCCCUGAGUAGGCAGCCUGGAAGCCGGAACUUUUGGAGCUGAGAUCAUUUCAUUCUGCUUUCCCUGGAGCUGAGGUCCCUUUGUCUUCCUUCCCGACAGCUGAGAUCUCUGGUUAGCUCUGUGUGUGCAGGUCUCAGGUAGAGCUGAGCCAGACCUUCCCCUCCACUUCCUGCUUUCUGCUGGCUUCUCUUACCACUGAGUCUCAUCCUCCUCUUUUGACCUCCAGGCCAUCCUUCUGCCCUGGAAGAGAAGGGAAGACCUCUUCCUGUCUGGGAUCCUUCAGCCAAGCAGGGAGCCUGGAGCCAGAGAGAAUGGCCCCUGGGAUGCUCAGUCCCCCAGCCCAGGAGCUGGUGACAUUCAAGGAUGUGGCUGUGGACUUCACCCCAGAGGAGUGGGGUCUGUUGGACCAUGCUCAGAAAGAGCUGUACAAGACUGUCAUGCUGGAGAAUGCUCAGACCUUGCUCUCCCUGGGACUUCCAGUUCCCAGAGAAGAUUGGAUCUUCCAUUUGGAGCAAGAAGGCCUGAGGAACUCCUGUCCAGAUGCAGAGACCGGCUUUGAUGUGAAGAGGAUGAAUACAAAUCUGAAAAUGACCUCAUGGAAUGACUGUUCUCAUUAUAGUGAAUGCAGCGAUUAUCUUGUGAACAUCAGAGAACCCAUAUUGUCGAGAAACAAUGUGAACGCACUCAACAUGGAAAAGCUUUCAGAAAGAGUUCUAGUGUUGCUAACUCUAAGAGAACCACACUGAAGAGAAACCUCCUGAGUGUCAUGAAUGUGGUAAAACUUUUAGGGACAACUAUUCCCUUAUUGCACAUCAGAAGUCCACACUGGAGAGAAACCUUACGAGUGUCUUCAAUGUGGUAAAGCUUUUAGUGCCCACUCUUCUUUUAUUAAACAUCAGAAAAUCCACACU